AUGGAGAGAUUUAUCUACCUAGUCAGUGAUUCAAAAUUUAAAAUUGAUUUGAAAAGAAGGCGACAAUUGUCUGUCAUUCUACAUCAACAGUUCCUGAAAAGUGCCUUAAAAGAAAUGUUUUUACUGCGAGUAAUCGAGCUUAUAGUUUGGCUCUUUUCAUCGGUGCGCACAGAAAGUUUGUUGCUAAUUUCAACACCGCCGACGAACUCACCCUCCUACUUCAUUGGCUACGAAAUCCCAGAAAACAUGUACGAAGCGGCUUUAGCGGAGAAGCGUAAAGAAAAGCCAUCCGCACCGUUGGACGCCAACACCUCAGUAACCAGGAAGAUAUCGGUUACUGUCAGUGUGGAUAAAGAGUUAGUCAUCCAGUCGGAAAAACACUCCACCGCCCUCGUCCUGUUCGAAAGGCUGGAGCCAAUGGCAUUACCGAUUCUGGCGAGCGAAGCAUACGACAUACUCCGCAGCACAUGGAAGACCAGUGGAACUGAGUGUCAAGACGAGAAGAAGCAGGGCAUUAAAGUGGAAACAGUGUCAGAGAAUAGAAUACCAAUGGGAUUUCCGGUGGACAAGAUAAGGGAAGUAUUCGCCCUUCGGAUGGAGGACAACAUUUACUACGGCUUAGAAUGCAGGUUCCUUCCCGAUGCGGAAUGUCUAGCGCCACCAUUGGAUACCAUUGGUUAAAAUUCCUCAAUCGA